UCAGCGUUAGUAAACCACACACAUAGAUGCAAACUCUCUCUAUAGGAAUGAGGUCGAUUCUCCAGCUGCUGCUGCUCUGUCUUGCUUUUGUCGCCGUCACACAAAGCAGUGUGUGUCCUCGGCCUCCUCAGGAGAAAGGUUCAGAACUGAAUGGGGGGCAUAUGUUUUUCGAGCCGGGUACGGAGGUAACCCUGUCUUGCAUGCAGGGCUUUACCAGCUCCGGAGGCUCACGCAAAAUUACCUGCAAGAAAAAUGGACAUUGGACCGAGCGCGAGCUGAAGUGCUCACCAAGGCGAUGUCCUGUACCUGAUUCACCAGAGAAUGGAAAAGCAAAUAUUAGCGGGAUUGUAUACGAAAGCGUCAUCACAUACUCCUGCAAUGAGGGGUUCAUCUUGUAUGGUGCCAAUUCCAGCGAAUGCUUACAAACAGGCAAAUGGAGUAAACCUAAGCCACAGUGCCAAUCUGUUACAUGUAAUCUUCCUGAUAUUCCACAAUUUGCCAAAAUAGUGUAUGACAAACUGUUCAAGGAUGAUACUGUAGAAUUUGGGUCAGGAGGAACCUAUCAUUGUUUGCCCCCAAUGGUUCUAGUUGGAAAUAAGAGAGCAAUUUGCCAGGCCGAUGGAAAGUGGACUGAACCGCCAGAGUGCAAACUGGUGACGUGUCCUCCACCAGUCCCUAUAGAUAAUGGUUUUCUGUCUUUUGCUGAGAAUCGAGAGCAUGGCUAUAGGGAGAAAGUAAGAUACGGCUGUAUGGAAACCUACAUCCUUGAUGGAUCUCUGGAGGUGGAGUGUGCAGAUACUGGAUUAUGGGACACAUUACCUACAUGUAGAGCUCCCUGCAAAGUGGACAUUGAGCGGGGACGCGUUGUUUACAAAAACCGGAAGUACUGGAUUGAAGAUUUUAAACACAAUGUUUUGCAUGGAGAGGAGGUCAUUGUUUACUGUCUAAAUAAACAGAAGAAAUGUGGAUAUCCUGUUACCAUGCAGUGUAAUGAUGGGGUCAUGAACACACCCAAUUGCUAUGACGAACCCAGUGCUGUCACGUAUAACGUACGUUCAGGCUCGCUGCCGUCUGAAAUAGACAAGUGCACCUAAAAACUGAAAGAAGAUCAAGGAGACAAGAUGAGGAAACCAUGCCUUAAAACUGCAUAAGGAAAUUACAGAAAAUGUCUUAACUGUAUCAGAAUACAGCACAUUGAUGUUACAUGUCUUAAAGAUGAGAAAUAAAGGUUUUUAUUUGCAUUUCCAGAUUUCCAGAUGAAAUAUUAAUUAUGGUCUGAUUACCUAAUAAAUAGUCAGCACCCUUGAUAAAAA